CCCCCGCGCUCCGCCCGGUCAUGAACCACUCCCUCGCCCACUGCGGCGCGCGUCUGCGCCUCUGGAGCGAGGCCUACCACCCCGUGCACCUGUACGCCAGCCUGCUGGUCUGCGUGUUCGGCUCGGUGGCCAACUCGCUCAACAUCGCCGUGCUCACGCGCCGCGAGAUGUCCUCCCCCACCAACGCCAUCCUCACGGGCCUCGCCGUGGCAGACCUGCUCGUCAUGCUGGAGUACAUUCCCUUCACGGCGCAGGCCUUCCUGCCCCAGGAGCAGCGGCUGAGCUACGGCUGGGCGCUGUUCGUGCUGUUCCACUCGCACUUCGCGCAGGUGUGCCACACCGUGGCCAUCUGGCUGACGGUGAUCCUGGCCGUGUGGCGCUACCUGGCCGUGGUGCACCCGCAGCGGAGCCGCGAGUGGUGCGGCGCGCGCACCACGGCCGCCGCCAUCGCCGCCGCCUACCUCGCCAGUCCCUUGCUCUGCGUGCCGCUGUACCUGGCCUUCGACGUCUCGGCCCGCGGGCUCGGCCGCGCCACGCAGUACCGCGUGGGGCUGAGCGCCCUGGCCGAGCGCCGCGUGCUGGGCGAGCUCAGCCUGCGCCAGCUCAACUUCUGGGUGUACAGCGUGGCCAUCAAGAUCAUCCCGUGCGCGGCGCUGACGGUGCUGAGCCUGCGCCUCGUGUGCGCGCUGCUGGAGACCAAGAAGCGGCGGCUGCAGCUGGCGGGCGGCCGGAACAAGCAGCUGGCGGGCAAGGAGCGCCAGACGGACCGCACCACGCGCAUGCUGCUGGCCGUGCUACUGCUCUUCCUCAUCACUGAGUUCCCGCAGGGCAUCCUCGGCCUGCUCAGCGUGUUCCUGGGCGAGGCCUUCUUCAGCAGCUGCUACGUGCCGCUGGGCGAGCUCAUGGACAUACUGGCGCUCGUCAACUCGGCCGUCAACUUCAUCCUGUACUGCUCCAUGAGCCGGCAGUUCCGCGCCACCUUCUCGCAGGUGUUCCGGCCGCGGCUGCUGCGCCGGCCCGCUGUUCCUCCGCCGAGCGGCGCCACCAACACCCAGGUGACGCAGGUGUAGCCUGCCCGUCCUUGUUGCAAGCACUCGAACUACACUGCGGCCCUUUUGGAACACCCUUCAAGCAGUGUACGUAAGCACAGGACGAUCCAGUUAGACCGGACUUAUAAACUUCUACAGCACUGGAGCACUACAACGUAUUUUCGUUUUGAGAACAACCGAAUCAACGAAGACGGUGAGGUAAUUAUUCUAAAAUGGAACACUGGUAAAGUCUACUAACUAAACAUCGGCUAGUAUACAAACAAUUAAAAAAAAAUCUCUAGUCAAUUUGGGCAGUAAAAAGGGUGUAGGAGCGAAAAUUGCAUUCACAUACACACAUAAUUUCGUAGGCGAAUUUUAUUUGUCUAAAUAACAGUUGAAGAAAAAAAUAUUUAUUAUGUCUUGCGCUGGUGUAUCGGGCUGUGGUGCUCGAACGAUUCUGAAGAUGGCCGCGGUGAAGUCAGAAGGCCAGAUAGUUCAUCGUUGUGAUCACAAAUGUGCAUUCGUAAAUCUAACGACGGCGUGGUUCUUCCUGUGCCGUUGUGCGACGUCUUCGCGACAAGCGAUGCACACGCGCCAUUCACCAGGACUACGUACGACGCGACGGCGGCAAUUUUCACCCUAACCAUGGCAGUGCGAUGUGAUAAAUCAAAUCUCAGGAGGAAAUGGUCAAAGUAAUCUAAAUCUGUUUAUUCCGGAAACACAACCACGUGGAAUACUGUCGGUGAUUUCACUUCUCGUCACUAUAACACUGCAUGUGUACUGCGUGCUCAGGGUGCGGGCAGUGAGUUCCGUCGCUGGUUAGUGAUUGUCAUAGUUUGGUGAUGCGUCACUUCAGACCUCCUCUGGUGCAGCGUUGCCAACAAUUAAUAAUGUUUACUACAAGAAACUUGAUCGUAAACAACUCAAGAAAGAAACAAACAACAUGACGUGUUUGCCGAGCGGCCAGUACACAGCUUGCCAGGACGUGCAAGCUGCGCUGAGAGUGGG